GUAAAGUUAGAAGUAGAAUCGUGAUUCAUGUGCUAAAACAUCCUCCCACCCUAACUGGUUUCUUCUAGACCUUGCAAAAUCAGCGUGAACACACACACACACUCACAGAGCGUGGCCCCUUUCAAUCCCACCCAUUUUCCCGCCAUCUUAGUACCGCAAAUUCUUCCUCCGCAAUCUUCUUCCUCUUCUUGUAAACCUCUCUGUCAAAACCAAUUCACAAAACCCAGUUUAUACAUACACAUAUCUACUAUAUAUAAACUCGCUCGCGUACACAGCAAGCAUUGGUGUGGAUGUGAGUGAACAAUGGAGACUCGGAAGAGGAAGCCCUUGUCGGACAUCUCAAAUACUUAUAAUCUGAUUCCCACCUCCGCUCUGCGCGAGCUCGUCGCCUCCACCUCUAAUUCCACUUCAUUUUCGAAACCCCCAAUUCUGAUUUUGAAGUCCAAUGGCAGUUCCACCAACCAGAAACUGUGCUCCGAUUCAUCGAAUAGAUCUGAGACCAGUAUCGGGUCAUCCAAUGUUAGCGCCGUGCGCAGUUCCAGAACUGUUCAAUUUCGAACCCCUCCACGUGUAACCUCUUCAAUUCCCCCUCCAGGUGGUGUGGGAAGUAAGCAUGAAGCAGAUAAUCAAAGGCAGACAAUUCAAAAAUCUAAGAAAGAUAGAGAGGCUGAGGUUGUGAUCGUUAGUCCCAUUCCUGUUGAAAAGAGGAAGGACAAAGGGAAGGCUAUCGCUUUACCAUUCAACUCAUCACCUCCUGACAGAAUGAAGGAAAAUCAGAAUAAAAUUUGCAACCCUUGUAAUCCAUGUGAGAGAAAGAAGCAAUAUGACAAGGCUAAUAGCAGUCUCUUUAGUAGCCCUCUCGAGGUGGUGAAAGAGUCUGGUAAGGGAAUUCUUAACUCUUACACCCGCUUGUACGACAAAACAGAGAAAGGGAAAACAAUCCUUGUUUCUUCUGAUUACUCAAGGAGAAAACAAGAUAAUAUAGAGAAGGGUAUUGUGGAUCAUUCUAGCUGCUCAGGUGAAAAAACAAAUGAUGCAAAGAAAGGGAUUCUCAAGCCUUCUGGCUCCUCCAUUGUGAAAACAAAAGAGAUGGGGAAGGAAUUCGUCACUCCUUCUAGCUUUUUAGUUGAGAGAAGAAAGGAGAAAGGGAACCCUUUCAACUCUUCUAGCUCCUCUGAGAAAACAGGGGAGAAAAGGAAGGCUUAUCUCCAGCCUUCCAAGAUAGUUGAGAUAACAAGGCAUAAAGGAUCAUCUGUCGCUGUGGCUGUUAAUUGCCGACCUCCAAGGAGAAAAACUGAAAAGGGAAAGAAUGAUGAUGGGGCUUCUAGUUGCCCUGUUGUUAUUAGGACCAAAAGAAUACAGAAUAAUCUUGAUGAAGCUGGAGAUUCUAAAUCUUCAAAGACAUGGACCGACCCACAUGCAAAAUGCAGAAAGAAAAAGUGCUCAAGGAAUGAAAUUUCUACUGAAUUGCCGCCAGAUUUUAUUGAGCAGCAAAGAGCAUAUUUUAAAGAGGUUGAUGAGUUUGAACUACCAGAAGAGGAGGUAUCUCAAGAUGAGCUAGAUUAGAAAAAGAAAGGGCAGUAAUAGGUCUGAAAUAGCCAAGUAGGUGUAACAAGCAUGGCUUCCUUGUACAGUCAGAAUGUGAUCCAUCUAUC